AUGGCACUCUCUUUUGGAUUCUUGCAUUCUUCUCUUUUAUUAACUGCCUCUUCACUUUUUGCCCAUGGCACUCUCUUUUGGAUUCUUGCAUACUUCUCUUUUAUUAACUGCCUCUUCACUUUAUGCUUAUGGUACUCUCUUUUUGAUUCUUGCUUUCUUACCUUUUAUCAACUGUCUCUUCACUUUUUGCUCAUGGCACUCUUUUGGAUUCUUGCUUUCUUCUCUUUUAUUAACUGCCUCUUCACUUUUUGCUCAUGGUACUCUCUUUUGGAUUCUUGCUUUCUUCUCUUUUAUCAAUUGUCUCUUCACUUUUUGCUCAUGGUACUCUCUUUUGGAUUCUUGCUUUCUUCUCUUUUAUUAACUGCCUCUUCACUUUUUGCUUAUGUGUCUCUUCAUUUUUGCUCAUGGUACUCUCUUUUUGAUUAUUUUUUUUCUUCUCUUUUAUCAAAUGUCUCUUCACUUUUUGCUUAUGGUACUCUCUUUUGGAUUCUUGCAUUCUUCUCUUUUAUUAACUGCCUCUUCACUUUUUGCUUAUGGCACUCUCUUUUGGAUUCUUGUUUUCUUCUCUUUUUUUUAAUUCUUCCCUUUUGCUUAUGGUUUCUUUUGAUUCUUGCUUUCUCUUUUAUUAACUGCCUCUUCAUUUUUUGCUUAUGGCACUCUCUUUUUGAUUCUUGUUUUCUUCUCUUUUAUUAA